AGUGUAAAGAUCGUUAACAACUAAGCCCUCUAUGCCAUAAAGAAUAUUGUGUGAGUAGUUAACGAUCUUUAUCUAUCUGGGAUCCAACCAAAAUGCAUCAUCAAUUCUUUUUGAUACUCGUACUCGACGUACUUUUCGUUCAAGGGAUUUCAAGUGACUCUGACAAUCACAACGAGUUCACCAUAUACACUGCCAUUGAACAAAGUUUACUCAAUGAUACAACAGGAGAGCUAUUUCGUUUGAGAAAAGUCUUCUUUCCCUCAAGCUCAGAAAAGUAUCAAUUCUGGAAAGCCGAUGGUCUGCAAACUAUUCAGUUCAAUUCAUGUCUCAACCUGACUGAUACACUAUGCAAAAAUACUAAAGAGCCGCAAAGUGUUUUUGCUGAAAAUACAACGAUUACUACGUGCUGGACCUAUCAAUGGACGAACUCUUAUCUGCUUGGCUUGUUGGGAACUCAACAACUCUACCAGUUUGAGCCAGUAAUUACAGUACUAAUCUACGAGCAAACAGUGGGACACAGAGAAUUCAAUUUCAAUGUCAAACUGAAUCUGACAGAUCCCAUACUGUGCUCGAUCAAAGAAGAAGACCUAGAGAAGUAUUUCACUUCCUUUAUCACUUGGACUAAAGCCUACGCUGCAGCUCAAGGAAAACCGACUUCAUGGAGUGCAGACAUUCAGGGCUACCUAUCAAGAAAAUACAACGCUUAUACAAAAGGCCUGUAUGACGAUCUGAAGCUGCAGGAUCAGAUCAACUACACCAUACUCGCUUGUUUCAUCAGUAGCAACCUACUGCUCGCAUUUCUAUUGGUUACGUAUGGAGGAUUGUUGUAUCGCAAAGUCAGCUCCAUCACCAAUAGCACCUCAACUAUCAAGAAGAACGCAUGUCGAGGAAUUCUAUUAGUGACAUCAUUCCUACUCGUGCCGAUCUACCUCAUGGGCUUGUUUGUAGGGCAUGCAAGAGGCGUGUAUCCGAAAUACUACCCUCCCUGUAGUAAGACGGUGAUCUAUAACUGUGAACCACCCCAUUCGUCUGUUAUAUUCAUAUUGGAGAUUGCGUCUUUCUAUUUGAAAGCUGCAAUUCUUGUUGUAGUGCUGCUAUUGUAUAUAGUCUCUUCGAUACUAGUCGUCGCAAAGGUUGCUUCCCCACAUAUUUUGUUUCGAAAUCGUUUCUCAUGCUACUACAGAUGUGUUGAAACUUUUGUCUGGUGGGGUGCAUUGAGUGGGAUCCACAUCUGUUUUGGACUAGCUGGAGUUCCGAUUCUUAUCUUCCUCAUUAUCACACCAAUUUACACAUUCUUUUUCGUAUUCAGUAUAGGAGUUAUUGUAAUCUUUCUCUCUCUACCUGUGGUGCUCUGUUUACAUCGUUGCCAUCCCGAUGCACUGCCCCCUCAUCACACAAGAGCCGACUGUCGCAGAAUCUGGAGCCUUUGUUUCAUUAGGACUCUAAUUGCUUACCUACUGACAGCGUUUCUCACUGUAGCUUUACUGUAUUUGUACUAUGGUCUACUGAUUGGCGGAGCUAGCAUGAACAAUACCAAGGGCAUUUUGUUUUCUUUGGUUCCACCUGCUAUCAUCGCAGUGGGUGGUUUCUACGUCCGAUAUCGAUAUGUCAAAAGUAACAAAAACUCAGUGGCUCAUGAAUCCACAGACACUGUACAGAUCAUCAGUAACACUGACAAUGUAUAAGUGUGCAGGAUUGUACGUACUUAAAAGUUCCCACUGCAGUGUGUUUCUGACAUUCAUGUAAAUUAAAUUCCGCUUCCAAAUACAAAUCAAGGAUAGGAUAGGUUAAGUAUAAUAUUAUACAAAUUAAGGGUAAGGUUUUUUGU